CUGAAGAAGGGCGGAGCUCUGGGCCAGCAGCCUGAGGCCAUCCGCACCGUGACCUCAUCCCUCAAGGAGUUGUACCGCACAAAACUUUUGCCCCUGGAGGAACAUUACCGCUUCGGGGCCUUCCAUUCACCAGCCCUGGAGGAUGCUGACUUCCAGUAUAGCACCGGCAAAACCAGCUUCAUCCAGUACCUUCUGGAGCAGGAGGUCCCCGGCUCCCGAGUGGGACCAGAGCCCACCACCGACUGCUUCGUGGCUGUCAUGCAUGGCGAGACGGAGGGCACCGUGCCCGGCAAUGCUCUCGUCGUGGACCCGGAGAAGCCCUUCCGCAAACUCAAUCCUUUUGGAAACACUUUCCUCAACAGGUUUAUGUGUGCCCAACUCCCUAACCAGGUUCUGGAGAGCAUCAGCAUC